AUGACAGAAGAAACAAGUGUGGCACAAGUCCUUUUAAGGGCAACAUGCAGAGCCAGUCAACCAACAGUCGAGGAGAGAAAUUUUACUUCACUUCUCUCUGAAACCCGACAACAUUUUCGUAGAAAUUCUAGUGGUAGAAGCACUAGGACUAGCAGCCCUACCAGUGGACGGGGAAGAAAGCGAAGAACAUCCUUUAAGAAAAAAGUUAUUCUCAUUAAGCUGGCGCACGCGGAUUUUUGUCCAUCCAAUACAGAGUUGAAGUUUUUGAGAGAAAGGGGUUUGGGUAUGGCUGAUAAAGAUAUUGAAAUAUAUAGAACAGCUUCCAUCGAAGAAAUUAUGGACGACAUUGUUGUUCUUUAUCCACCCAAUGUUCAGAACCUGCUGAUGAUGUGUGGCUUUAGGAUAGGUCGGAUGGAUAAAUCAAAACGCAUUUCAUGUAUAGUUGAUGUAGCAAAUGGACAAGAGUUGGAGGAAAAAUUAAUGCAAAGCAAAAUCAUUGUACUUCCAAACAACGACUUUCCUAGUGACCUACCAGUGAUAGAACAAUUAGCAGUUUCCAGCCCCUUGUCAGGCUAUCGAGGCGCUGCACAAAGUGCAAUAAAUAGUGGACACCAACUUCGAAUAAAUGAACCGGCAGCUUCUUCGUCAACGGCUUCCAACUCAAGGGUCUUAACUGGGAGCGCUUCAAAUUUGGAUUUAAGAUCAAGACCAAUGCAUAGUAUGUUGUCUUUAAUUCGUAGAGUAAGUACGGAGGAUGUGGAUGAAUUUGACUUUGACUUAGAAGAAAGCAAAGAAUAUCCAACUGAAGAAAAUGAGUUUUUUGUUGAGUUUCCGGAUGUGCCUGAUGACGCAGAAGUUUGUGAUAUUAGAAUUAGCAGAGGAAAUUGUGUUCAUGAUCUACUAAAAUUAUAUACUGAUAAAGAUAUUAUAAAUAAAAAAUUGAAUGUUAGGUUUGAAGGGGAAAUGGGAGUUGAUGGAGGUGGUCUCACCAAAGAAAUGUUUAAUAUUUUUUUCAACAAAUGUAAUGGACAAUUUUUUCGUGGUGAAGAUAGUUUGAUUCCAUUUUUGGAAUUAAACAAUAUGGGGGAAUUGGAUAAGUUUAUAAUAAUUGGUAGAAUUUUAAACCAUAUGUUAGCAAUAACUCAUUCACUUCCUUUAAAACUUUCCAAAUUAUGUUUAAUGCUUGUAGCUUUUCCCGAAAAGAUAAUUGAUGAUGUUUUAUUAUUAAAUGAAUUGUUUCUCUUUGUCAAUCCAUAUUUAAGAAAAAUUUUAAAAAAGGCUACCAAUAAUUUUACAGCAGUGGAUCAAAAGGAGAUUGAAGUCAUUCAGGAUUUCUAUCAGUCAAACAAAUUUUAUGCUCAGCCAUCUGCUGACAGAAUUUCCCAACAGCUUUCGAUUAUUGCCCAAGAUAUUUUAGUUGAUAGACCAAAAAAAUUAAUUGCAAAAAUUCGCGAAGGAGUUCUACCCGAAAAUUAUCCUAAUUUCUGGAAUAAAUGUGAUUUUAAUGUGUUAAGUGAUAUGGGAACACCCACAGCUACUAAAAUUGCUAACGCUUUAAUAACAGAUCAAAAUUUGACUAAUGAGGAAAACGAAACUCUCCAUUUUUUUACAAUGUACAUUCACUGUCUCGAUCGCGAAAAAAUAUCGACAUUACUAUUUUUAAUUACUGGAUCAUAUGUUAUGACCGACGCUAUUAACGUAAAAUUUAGUAAUGAUGUUGGUCUUAGUCAAAGGCCAACCUUUAAUACGUGUUCAGACCUCAUAACGUUACCAAAAACCUAUUGCAGCUACGAUGAACUCAAGAACGACUUAAAUGCAUGUUUAUAUAAUGAAGAAGCUUUAGAAUAUACAUCGUACUGA